GGAGCUCUCUCGACACGUGUCGCACGGAGAGACACUCAUUUUUUGCCACUGUGGAAUAUGAGGGCACCCAAUAUUUUCUCCUUAUGUACAGAACAAAAUGUUAUUUUGUUGGAUAUUCCAAGGAUGCAAAACCUUUUCAAGGGCAAGAAAUUGACUUUCGGAGUCAGCAAGGACGCCAAGGGCCAACCGGGUUCAGAUAAAGCAAACGACCACCACCCAUCAUCGAAUCCGACACGUGUCGAGACAACAAGAUCUUCGCUAAAUUCCGUUCGACGUGUCUGCCACUUCCCCUCCCUUGUCUGAACGGACGGUGAAGACGCGGGAGAGAGAAGGAAGAGAGAGGGAAAGGUCGAAACUUUCUCCAACCACCCGACCGUUGAAGCAUCGUAGACCAUCGAGAGAGAGAUGUCGUGUUCUUCGUUGUGUUCUUCGACGACGCUUCAGUCCCGGGCCAGCGUGAAUGGUGGGGGUCUCAAGCUUCAAAGUCCAUCUCUUUAUCAACCCAGUUCGCUCACCUUCACAAGAAGAAGGAUCCAAACUGUCGUGAAGGCGACUGCACGAGUGGAUAAAUUCUCAAAAAGCGACAUCAUUGUCUCUCCAUCGAUCCUCUCAGCAAAUUUCGCCAAACUGGGAGAACAGGUAAAAGCAGUGGACGUGGCGGGUUGUGACUGGAUCCAUGUCGAUGACAUGGAUGGUCUUUUUGUUCCGAAUAUUACCAUUGGACCUCUUGUGGUAGAUGCCUUGCGCCCCGUGACAGAUCUUCCUCUAGAUGUGCAUUUGAUGAUCGUAGAACCUGAACAGCGAGUACCGGAUUUCAUCAAGGCUGGAGCGGACAUAAUAAAAAGUCUAGGCGCAAAAGCUGGAGUUGUUCUAAACCCUGCCACACCACUGAGCGCUGUAGACUCUGUCCUUGAUGUCGUUGACCUAGUCUUGAUCAUGUCGGUGAACCCUGGCUUUGGUGGGCAGAGUUUUAUUGAGAGCCAAGUAAAGAAAAUCUCCGACUUGAGGAGACUCUGCCUAGAGAAGGGUGUUAAUCCCUGGAUAGAAGUAGAUGGUGGUGUUGGCCCAUCAAAUGCAUAUAAGGUUAUUGAAGCAGGAGCUAAUGCUAUCGUAGCCAGUUCAGCUGUCUUUGGAGCUAAAGAUUAUGCUGAAGCUAUUAGAGGGAUCAAAACCAGCAAGAGGCCUGUAGCUGUUGCCGUCUGAAGAGACAUUCUUGAGAUCUAAAGCAGAUUAUGGAACCGAAGCAUUUAGCUAGUGAACACGGCAGAAAUUUUGCAGCUCAUGGGCAGCUAGUAGCAUCAGUUCAUCAAUCAAAUUGAAGUCAUAUCUGGAAUUGCUCUUGGACAAGAAGUAGCGAAAGCCAAGUGCAACACCAGAUAAAAUCUUCUGUUGUGGUUCAUCACGACAAUAGCGAUAUGCAUAUCCCCUGGUUUUUUUUUUUUUGGUCAAAAAAGUACUUCAUUCAUUAAGUGCCAUAAUCAAAACAAAGAUGUUCAAUAUCGAAACAUAAAAGAUCCCGAAGGGGUUGGGGAGGUUUAGUAAUCCAAUUAGAGAGGAGGGCAUUUCUACAAA